AUGCACAUUACACAUGCGUUAGUAGCGGCAUAUCUUAACCCUUUUUCUACUAAUAAUUAUAUAAAUUUAUCUAAUGAUAAAUUUAAAUUUAUAGUUCGUUCAGAUGUUCCAGAAUGGGCUACAGAAGGACACUUUUUACAAGACAUAUUAGAUCGCACUAGCCAUAUUAAAAGGGAAAGAUUUGAUCCAGCAUACAAAGAUGACUGUGGUGAUAUUCACGGUAGACUUAAAGAGGUUGCUGAUGAUAUGGUUUCCCAGGAUAACUUAAAAUUGGAUGAUAAUGGAAAUUUGGAAUUAAACGAGCUUUUUGGUGAUGUACCAGCAUCACUACAACAACCUGAAACCUUUUAUCCUUCGCUUACUGAUAAUGCAAACUCUAAGGUAGAGGAUUUACGAGAUUCACUAUCAAACGUAGUAGAUUGUGCUAUACCUACCUUACACACCAAACCACAUCCUGAUCUAAUUAAUGGUAUGAGAUAUCGUAGGCUUGGGGAUUCCGACCUAAUCGUCAGUGAAUUGUGCCUGGGCACUUCAUUUUACGACAACCCUGCUUUCAUUGAUCUGAAUCAUGCAAAAUUUAUCAUUGAAAAGGCUUUUAAUGAAUAUGGGAUAAAUUUUUUCGAUACUAGUGAAUAUGACCCAUUGCCCAUUGAACCAAAAUCAUGGAUUUCAUAUCAUCAUAGAGCACUUAAGACACUGAAACAAUUUGAUAGGUCAAAAAUUGUAAUCUCUGGAAGAAUUUGCUCAAGUAACCUGGGUAAACCACACCGUCAAAGGUACCUUGCGUGGACACGAAAAUGUUUAUUACCGCCUACGCUAAACAACAUUGAAGAGGGGGUGGAUAAUAUACUUUCUGCCAGUGGACUUGAUUACAUUGACAUUAUGUCACUGGAUAGACCCGAAAGAUAUGUACCAAACUCUACAUUAGGAGAGGAUACUUAUUGCUGGGGGAAGGAAAUAUCCGCUACUGAUAUGAUUUCAGAAAGCAUAGAUGCUAUGCAAAAAAUAAUAGAAAAGGGUAAGGCUAGAUACAUUGGAUUGUCAAAUGAGACAAUUUGGGGCAUAUACAAAUAUACGCAGCUUACGCGAAAUAAUACUAAGUUAAAGCCAUUAUUUAUACAAUGUUUGUACAAUUUACUACAUCGUAACGAAUUUGAGAGUGGGUUAGCUGAGAUAUCAUUGGCUAACAAUAUACCAUUAGUUUCAUAUGGCACUAUGGCAGGCGGAAUUCUUACAGGUAAAUAUCUAGAUCCGGAAAGGCAUAAUAGUUUGGGAGCGGAUAAAGCGUUUGAAAAGUUGUACCAAUUUGAUGACGACUUGGAUUUAUUGCCCGAAGAUUGGGGCCAUUUGUCAUUUGGUCCCCAGAAUGCUCGAUGUAAUAUUUUUCCCGAAACAUACCACACCCAUCGGACCGUCUGGUGCCAACAUUUGACAGGAGAAUACUUGAAAAUUGCAAGGACCUUUGGGAUGACUCUAGCACAAUUGGCCCUAAGAUGGAAUAAUACUAGACAUUUUAUUGUUUCCACUAUAAUAGCACCACGAACCAUAGGUCAAUUGUCAGAUAUAAUUGGUACUCUUAACUAUCCUUUCACUAAGCAACUGGAAGAGGAUAUACACGAAGUAUACCUUAGAUACAGAGCACCAACUAUGGGUGGGCCUCAAAUAUUGACAAGUGUAGAAGACGCCGAUAAUGCUGUCUCACAGAACAAGUUUAUUACAGAGUGCACAACUCCAAUUUGGAGCGGAGGAUCAUACUGGCCGAGUAUUAUUUUGAAAGAUGAACAGCUUGAGAAGAGAGAUCAAAUAGAACGGGAAAGGGAAUUUUUAUUGACAAUUUCUGGGCACAUGGAUGCACCAAAUGACCAUUCUAAAUUCAACUACCGUUGUUGGAUUGAAAGGAUUGAGGAAGAUUUACCUGGUGAGUAUUUUGCAGUUAAAGAAGCCAAAAUUUUCGGCUGGGAUAGGUAUAAAUUUAGAGAUUAUACUCUUGUGUACAAAACUCCAGAUGAGUAUAGGGAAGAUGAUACAAGCGAUUUUCACUUUUAUUGGAAGGACGAUAAAAUUUUUGUUGGUCCAACUAGUGAUAAGAUUAGACAGUUUUAUGAAGAUGAAGUAGCUAUAGCAGCGGUUGUACAAAUGCGAACUACAGAAUAUUUAAAUUUGGUCAAGGAUAAAAUAGAUUUUGCUCGUUCCUUUUCAUCCAUAGACAAGGGAUGGGCCACUAUAGAUGUAGAUGGUCUUUAUAAGCGAUUGCUGGCCAAAGGAAUUGACAUAACGAAUAGGGAAACUAUUGAUAAGUUGUUUGACAACGAUGAGAACAAGAAAUUGUUGAGUUUAAUUGAAAAGGAAAGCGUGGAGUUGUGUUACUAUUAUCAGAGAAUGAAGUUUAAAAGGCGUGAAUUUCCCCCGCCUGGAAUGGAAGAUGUUGUGGAUCCACUGGUGUAUAAUUCAACAAAUAACCCCAAAAAUGAAGCUAUCAUUGAAUUAUAG